AUGAUUGCGAACUCGUCCUCGCGUCAGAACCAGCAUCACCCUGCGACGACGUCGACGAGCCCGACCGGUUCGCCACCCGCCUCGGACAAACCGCCUCGGAGCCACGGCCCAUCGCCGGCGCCCUCGCCGCGCCAUACCGACGACGUCGCCUCCGAGUCGUCCUCCCGGUCCUGUGCUAGCCAUCUACGCGCGACGGCGGCCACGUCCGUCUCCCACUCGCCCUUUGUCGCUUGCUUCCCCGACGGCGGGGAGCGACCGGUGCCUCCGAUAGCCUCCCAAGACGCGCCUUCGGCCGCCGACGGCACCCGUCGGGACGCCUGCCACCCCUCGAGCGUGCCCUCGCCUCCUCCAUCGUCGUCGUCCACCGUCGCCGUCGCCUCCCUCCGAGCCGAAGAUGCGAAGGCGCCGUCGAUGGCCUCCCAACCCAAUGACGCCGCCGCCGCCGCCGGUCCUUGUCCGACGCGCCCUCUACCUCCGAGCUCCAUGAACGCCUCCCUCCGCUGCCCGCAGCCGUCUCCGCCAGUCGACGACUUCCGCCCGUCAACUCCCACCUCCUACCUGACCCCUCAUCCGACCCCAACCCGCCACCAGUCGGUCGUUCACGUCCGUGAUCUCGCUCACGUCAUGACCUUGGCCCCGACCCACCUGGCCGCCGGAGACGCAGCCGACAAGGCGACCGACUCGCCCGUCAGGUACGAGAUAAGCGCCAUGCCCAUCGGCGACAUCAUCGAGAUGGUGGCCGCCCUCUUGUCCAAGAUCACCGGCACCAACGACCUGCAGCACGACGCCACCCGUCGCAACGUGAACCACCAGCAGCAGGCCAACCAGUCCACCGACGCCGCGGGCUCUCAGAUGAGUCCCCUGAGCCACUCGGUCCUCGCGUUCCAUGGCAAGAAUGUGCCCGCCAUCACCGUCCUCAGCUACCUGUCUCGCAUACACAAGUACUGCCCCACUACCUACGAGGUUUUCCUGAGCCUGCUCGUCUACUUUGAUCGCAUGACGGAGCGCAUCAACGACCUCAUCGUGAAGUCGGAGGAAUCAAAAGCCGCAGCCUCGACGCGAACUCCCUCGUCUCAUCGGCUGUCGACCCAGCCUGACGCCCUCGUGCGCGACAACGGCCGAGCUGUCGCCUCUCGCGAAGCCGACGAGAUCGACUCCGACCUUGCCGACGACGACGACGACGACGACGACGACGACGAGAUGGCGGACGCGGCCGUGGGCCCCAAUCAUCGUAGGGAGAUGACCAAGUCCGACAAGGUUGCCGACCUCGCCGGGUCACCCGUCGACGCCAAUCCUUCCACCUACUUUGUCGUCGACAGUUUCAACAUUCACCGCCUCAUCAUUUCUGGCGUAACGUGCGCCAGCAAGUUCUUCUCCGAUGUCUUCUACACCAAUUCCAGAUACGCCAAGGUUGGUGGCCUUCCUCUCGCCGAGUUAAAUCACCUCGAGAUUCAAUUCCUCAUCCUCAACGACUUUCGCCUCGCCGUGCCUGUCGAAGACCUCGAAGCCUAUGCGACCAUGCUUGUCGAAUUCUACGCCCGAGACGUGGUGGCCAAGAAAUGA